UCAAUAUUUCAAUGACCUCAUAGUUUUCUCAGAACUUUCAAUAUGGCAAAUUUUUAGGGAACAUCUUUAAAGUUCCUGUCAACGAACAACUUCUUUAAUGGGUGUGUUUUUGGAUAAACCUAAAAAAGAGAAAGAUUUAGAUGCUGGCGAGGGUAAUGGUCUCCGAUAUGCGUUAUGUUCAAUGCAGGGAUGGCGUGUUGAAAUGGAAGAUGCACACUCCAUUAGAGUAGAAUUGAGUCCUAAAUUCAAAAAUUGUUCGUAUUUUGCAGUUUUUGACGGUCAUGCAGGUGACUUUGUAAGCAAAUAUUCGUCUCAAAAUUUAUUAGAUACAAUACUAAAUUUAUGCUUGCCUUCUGGAAGCGAUGCUUCCGAAUCUGUAGAUAAUGAACUGCAAAUGCAAUGUAAAAAUGAUUCAGAUAACUCUUAUUUACACUCUUUAGAGGAUUUAGAUAAAUUUAAGGCUAAGAUUGUUGAAGGCUUUUUAGCGUUAGAUAAAAAUAUGAGAGAACUUCCUAAGUUUAGCACAGGUGAAGAAAAAAGUGGUACCACAGCUAUUGCAGUGUUUAUUACUGAGGAUAAUAUAAUAUUUGCAAAUUGCGGUGACUCUAGAGCUGUUCUUUGCAGCAAUAAGAGCGUUAAAUUAGCUACACAAGACCAUAAACCAUAUUGUGAAAAAGAAAAACUUCGUAUUGAAAAUGCUGGUGGAAGUGUCAUGGUUCAAAGAGUCAAUGGUUCUCUAGCAGUUUCAAGAGCGCUUGGUGAUUAUGAUUACAAAAAUGUCAAAGGUUUUUCUCAAACAGAACAAUUAGUUUCUCCAGAACCAGAUAUAAUUACUGUUCCACGCACUAGUGAUGAUGAAUUUUUGAUAAUUGCCUGUGAUGGUGUUUGGGAUGUUAUGUCUAAUGAAGAAGUAGUUGAAUACAUUCGUGCAAGGCUAAAAGUUCAUCAGUGUUUAGAGAAAGUUUGCGAAGAACUUUUAGAAACAUGUUUAGCAAAGGGUAGCCGAGACAACAUGAGUGCAAUCUUAGUUGUAUUUCCAGCUGCUCCUCAGCUUUCACCUGAAGCAGUUGAAAAGGAAGAGAAGUUGGAAUUGGCUAUUAUAGAAAAAAUAGAUGAAAUCGUAAAAAAGAAUGGCGAUAAAACAACAUUAACUGCUGUUAUAGAAGAUUUGAAAAAUUUUCAAUUUGAAAAUUUACCACCUGGAGGUGGUAUACAGGCUAAGGUGUGUUUGAUUGAAAAACGAUUAGAUGAGUUGUUACCCAAUAGAGAUAAAGAUGAAGGUCGUUUUGGAGCGUUAGGUUCAGUACCUAUAACCAUGAUCAGAAGUUUUGCUUCAGGUCCGAAUGAUAUCAUCAUUGAUCAAGAUGACGAAAUUCAACCAUAAAAAUUUUUUUUAAUUUAAGUUGCUCUUCAUUUAUAUUUUCAGACUUUAUAAACUUUUGCUUAAAAGUCUAUUUUUUACAAGAAAAUAUUUCCAAAUAUUCAAAUCGAAAUUGUUGUGGCGUCCUCAACUAAGUUAUAACCAUUUUUUUUUAAAGUAAAAAAAUUAUAUAUUGAUAAAUAAAUGUUCUUAUUAACUGAUUUUCGAUGAGCCAUGCUAAAAUAUAUUUCGAUAUACCCUUAUUCUACAUCAUCAAUAUUAAAAAAGCUGUAGAUAAUGUUUAACUUGUUUUUUGUUCAUUUGCUUAUUUUUAUUAAUUUGUUUAUAAUAAUAAAUUAUAAGAAGAUUGACUUAUCUAUGAUUUUAAGCAUCAAGCACGUGUCAAUUUUAUUUGUAAUUGUUGUUCUCUGAUAUAAUUCAUUUAAAUAUUUCA